AUGAUGGCUGUGGAAGGGUCAACCAUUACCAGUCGAAUCAAGAACCUGCUACGAUCUCCAUCCAUUAAACUACGCAGGAGUAAGGCGGGAAAUCGGCGAGAAGACCUUGGCUCCAAGGUGACCUUAGAGAAGGUGCUGGGAAUAACAGUGUCUGGAGGCAGAGGACUUGCCUGUGACCCUCGAUCAGGUUUAGUUGCCUACCCAGCUGGGUGUGUGGUUGUGCUUUUCAACCCCCGGAAGCACAAACAGCACCACAUCCUCAACAGUUCCAGGAAAACCAUCACUGCCCUUGCCUUCUCCCCUGAUGGCAAGUACUUGGUCACUGGAGAGAGCGGACACAUGCCUGCCGUGCGGGUUUGGGAUGUGGCUGAGCGCAGCCAGGUGGCAGAGCUGCAGGAGCAUAAGUAUGGUGUGGCUUGUGUGGCCUUCUCCCCUAGUGCCAAGUACAUUGUCUCCGUGGGCUACCAGCAUGACAUGAUCGUCAAUGUCUGGGCCUGGAAGAAAAACAUCGUGGUGGCCUCCAACAAGGUGUCUAGUCGGGUAACAGCUGUAUCCUUCUCUGAAGACUGCAGCUACUUUGUUACUGCGGGCAACCGGCACAUCAAAUUCUGGUACCUUGAUGACAGCAAGACCUCAAAGGUAAAUGCCACUGUGCCCCUUCUGGGCCGCUCUGGCCUGCUGGGGGAGCUACGGAACAACCUGUUCACUGAUGUGGCCUGUGGCCGUGGAAAGAAGGCGGACAGCACCUUCUGUAUCACAUCCUCUGGGCUGUUAUGCGAGUUCAGUGAUCGGAGACUUUUGGACAAGUGGGUGGAAUUAAGAAACACAGACAGCUUCACAACCACAGUGGCCCACUGCAUCUCUGUGAGCCAAGACUACAUCUUCUGUGGCUGUGCUGAUGGCACCGUGCGCCUUUUCAACCCCUCUAACCUACACUUCCUCAGCACUCUACCCCGGCCCCAUGCCCUGGGGACAGACAUUGCCAGCAUCACUGAGGCCAGUCGCCUCUUCUCUGCAGCAGCCAAUGCCAGGUAUCCAGACACCAUUGCCUUGACCUUUGAUCCUACUAAUCAGUGGCUGUCCUGUGUAUACAACGAUCAUAGCAUAUAUGUUUGGGAUGUGAGGGACCCCAAGAAAGUGGGCAAGGUGUACUCAGCUUUGUACCAUUCUUCCUGCGUCUGGAGUGUGGAGGUCUACCCUGAGGUGAAAGACAGUAACCAGGCCUGUCUGCCCCCCAGUUCCUUUAUUACCUGUUCCUCUGACAACACCAUCCGCUUAUGGAACACAGAGAGCUCUGGGAUACAUGGCUCCACCCUGCAUCGUAACAUCCUCAGCAAUGACCUCAUUAAGAUCAUCUAUGUGGAUGGGAACACCCAGGCCCUGCUGGAUACUGAGCUACCUGUAGGAGACAAAACUGAUGGGUCCCUGAUGGACCCCCGUGUGGGCAUCCGCUCUGUGUGCAUCAGCCCCAAUGGACAGCAUCUAGCUUCGGGGGACCGGAUGGGCACACUGAGGGUGCAUGAGCUGCAGUCCCUGAGUGAAAUGCUGAAAGUGGAAGCCCAUGAAUCGGAAAUUCUGUGCCUGGAGUACUCAAAGCCAGACACAGGUAUGAAGCUUCUAGCAUCAGCAAGCAGGGACCGGCUGAUCCAUGUUCUGGAUGCUGGGCGGGAGUAUAGCCUGCAGCAGACACUGGACGAACACUCAUCCUCCAUCACUGCUGUCAAGUUUGCAGCAAGUGAUGGGCAAGUCCGUAUGAUCAGCUGUGGAGCAGACAAGAGCAUCUAUUUCCGUACUGCACAGAAGUCUGGAGAUGGAGUACAGUUUACAAGGACACACCACGUGGUACGGAAGACCACCCUGUAUGACAUGGAUGUUGAACCCAGUUGGAAGUACACAGCCAUUGGUUGCCAGGACCGAAAUAUUCGGAUUUUUAACAUCAGCAGUGGGAAGCAGAAGAAACUCUUUAAAGGGUCACAGGGUGAAGAUGGCACCCUAAUCAAAGUGCAGACAGACCCCUCAGGGAUCUACAUUGCCACCAGCUGCUCUGACAAAAAUCUCUCCAUUUUUGACUUCUCCUCAGGCGAGUGUGUGGCCACCAUGUUUGGCCACUCAGAGAUUGUCACUGGCAUGAAAUUUAGUAAUGACUGUAAGCAUCUCAUCUCUGUGUCUGGGGACAGCUGUAUAUUCGUGUGGCGUUUGAGCUCAGAGAUGACCAUCAGCAUGAGACAGCGCCUGGCUGAGCUACGCCAGCGUCAGCGAGGGAGCAAGCAACAAGGACCAGUAUCCUCUCCCCAGAAGACUUCUGGACACAACCAGCAUGAGGGUCCCUCAGUGCUCUCUGCCGGACAAGCUCUUUCAUCAGACAGUGACAAGGACGGAGAAGAUGAGGGAACAGAAGAAGAACUUCCAGCUCUGCCCAUCCUUACCAAGAAUAUCAAGAAAGAACAAGCCUCGGUUCCCAGUUCAGCCCUGCCCCGAAGCCUGUCCCACUGGGAGAUGAGUCGGGCUCAAGAGACAGAGUUCCUGGAUCCGGCUUCUUCAUCUACCCAAGAACCCAGAAGAAGGGGACGGUGGGCUCAACCAGGUGCAGAGCUGAGUGUCCGGUCCAUGCUGGACCUGCGGCAGCUGGAGACGCUAGCUCCAAGCUCUCAGGGCCCCCAUCAGGACUCAAUGGCCACAGACCCAUCUGGUCCCAGGAAGUAUGGUCAACAGACUCUUGAGGUUGCAUGUGCUAAACAGAAUGAAAAGCCCCCUUGGCCUCAGGUUUCCCAUCCCUGUUCCUGUCCCCACGUUAUCCGAUUGUUGUCCCAAGAAGAAGGGGUCUUUGCCCAAGAUCUGGAGUCUGCUCCCAUCGAAGAUGAUAUUGUCUACCCAGAGCCAAGUGACAGCCCCACCCUGGAUACCAGUGAGUUCCAGGUGCAAGCCUCAGCCCGUGGGACCCUGGGAAGAGUGUACUCAGGCAACAGGACCUCAGAGAAGCACAGCCCUGACAGUGCUUGCUCUGUGGAUUACAGCAGCAGCCGCCUUUCCAGCCCUGAACACCCCAAUGAAGACUCUGAGAGCACGGAACCUCUAAGUGUGGAUGGCAUCUCCUCAGACCUUGAAGAGCCAGCCGAGGGUGAUGAGGAAGAGGAGGAAGAUGAAGGUGGCACUGUCCCCUAUGGACUGCAAGAAGGCAGCCCCCGUACCCCAGACCAGGAGCAGUUUCUAAAACAACACUUUGAGACUCUGGCCAAUGGGGCAGCACCAGGGGGCCCAGUCCGGGUACCAGAGAGGACGGAAUCUCGAAGCAUCUCCUCACGAUUCUUGUUGCAAGUGCAGACCCCUCCACUCAGGGAACUCUCCUCAUCAUCCAGCCUGGCUCUGAGGUUGAGACCUGCCCAGGUGCCCCAGGUAUCUGGUGAGCAUCUGGGAAGCAAUGCUGCCAAUCCCCCUGGAGCUCCCCCAGAGGCAGAGUCUUCCUCCAGCAAAGCUGGGCCCCAACAGGCAGCCCCUGUGCUGCUGCCACGACGCCGUCUGAACCCAGACAGUGGGUGGUCCCCCAAGAGAACAGCUACAGCUGGACCCUUAGGCGGACUCCAGAAAUCCCAGUCUGUGCACAGCCUAGUUCCACAAGGUAAGGAGUUCGAUGGUUUGGCCUCUCCUCCAGGCCCAAUGAAUUCCCAGGAGAUCAAGACCCAAAAGGGCUCGGGCUCCUUGGUUCAGGCUGAUGGCCAUCUGUGUGGACACCGUUCCCACCAGAACCCCACCACCAAUUCCAUGGUCAAGCUAUCCCGCAGCAUCUCUGUUGGGGAGAACCUGGGUCUUACAAAUGAACCACAAGCUCCUGCUCCCAUCCGAGUCUCACCACUCAGCAAGCUGGCUCUGCCUAACCGGGCUCACUUGGUCCUGGACAUCCCCAAACCACUGCCUGACCGCCCUACCCUGGCCACAUUCUCACCUCUAACCAGGGGCCGGGCCCCUGGUGAGGCAGAACAGCCUGGCUCCCCAGCAGGCCUGGGAAAGGCUCACAAUGCACCUGAUAGGCGGGUGUGUUUGGGGGAGGGUGUUAUCCCCAAGCCUAGGACAGAGUGCUCAGCUCAAGCUGGGCCCACCAACCCCUGUGCCCCACAACUGCCGGUCAGCAGCCUCCUUCAAGGCCCUCAGAGCUUGCAGCCCCCAUCCCUUGAGAAGACUCCCAGCCCCAUGGAAUGCACCAGGCCAGGGCCAGCCCUGAGCCAGGACUCAGCACCAGCGAUGAGCCUGGAGCAGUGCGAACAACUUGUGGCAGAGCUCCAGGGCAACAUGCGGCAGGCCAUGCGGCUGUACCGCUCGGUCGUCAGCUGUAAGACGCCAUCAGCAGAGCAAAGCCGCAUCACUCAGCUCCUCAGAGACACCUUCUCCUCAGUGCGACAAGAACUAGAGACCCUGGCUGGGGCAGUGCCGUCUAGCCCAGGUGGAAGUCCCGGAGCUGUGGGAGCUGAGCAGACACAGGCCCUGCUAGAACAAUAUUCAGAGCUGCUGCUUCGAGCUGUGGAGCGGCGCAUGGAACGCAGGCUCUGA